UUCAAGUAUUUCUAGAUCGAUCCUAUUCCUGCCUACCGCUCUUGCUGGCUUUCCCAAGAGGAGUUUCAGCCGCUGUGAUCUUGGUAUUGAAUUGGAGAGAAAAUAGAUCAAAUAUGUUCAAAAUAAAUCGAUUCAUAAACCAAACAAGAACCUCCGUUCUCACUUCAAAGCAACUCUUCGUCUAUGAACACAAGCUCUUUUCUCUUCCUCCGCAGCAAUCCUCUACUCGCUUCCUCGACAUUUACCAAUUUGGGAACAAACAAGCAAUCGAGAAAGAGCGUGCUAGGCUUACCGAUGAGAUGAGUAGAGGUUACUUCGCUGAUAUUUCAGAGCUACGUAAACAUGGUGGGAAGAUUGCAGUAGCAAAUAAAGUUUUAAUUCCCGCAAUGGCGGCUGUAAAGUUUCCAAACUUGGAUGUUAGUUACCCGGAUGGUAAAACUUCAAAGCUUCCAAUCUGUUCUGGUGCAGAUAUAGUUGGUGUUGACAAAUUAGCUAUCCCUAAAGCUUCUUUACUAUGUCUCACAUUUCGGGCAGGUUCGCAGGCAAUGAUUGAUUCCUGGAGCGCACCUUUUCUUGAAGCUUUUGGUGAUUCAAACAAUAUUCACCUGUAUGAGGUGUCCUUUAUAGACUCUUGGUUCUUAUGUCUGAGUCCAAUUAAGAGGAUGCUUCUCAAGAGAAUGAGGAAAGCUGAUGUAGGGAAGAAUGGGGUCCAGAGGCAGAUUGUUUAUUCAUUUGGUGAUCAUUAUUACUUCAGAAAAGAACUUAAAAUACUGAAUCUUCUCACUGGGUAUAUUUUCCUUCUUGACAAAUUUGGUAGAGUAAGAUGGCAAGGGUUCGGACAUGCAACACCUGAGGAAUUAUCAUCUCUUCUUUCUUGCACAUCACUCCUUUUAGAAAAGUGAAAUUUGCUUGUGAAAGCAUGGCUGAGAAUGCUAAUUGCUACUGAAGUCUUUUAAGCACAAUGAGAGGAUAGGAAUUUAAACCUCUGAGGGGCCUCUGUUUUGUUGACGAGGAUUAGAGUUAUAAUUUCUGAAAGCAAUUGAUAGAAAAUAAAUAAUUGAUAACUUGUAGAGUUGAGUGAAAUAUCUUGUAAUUCUCUGAAUAAUCUUCCUAAUUUCUGUCUUUUGUUCAACAUUGGGUACCAAAUAUAGUACAUUGUAUAACAUUCUUAAGAAACAUGUUCAAUAUCAAUCAUCAACAUUAGGUGUCUCAA